UUUUGAUCAAGGCAUAUGCACGCAAGCCCAUUGCUUUCUUAUGCUAACUACUUCUAAGCACAAAGCAAAACUGAGUGAAUGGAGUACCUAGCAUUUGUGCUGCUACUUCCCUUUGUGUUGGCAUCUAUUCAUGUGCUGGCCUCUGGCCUAAGAGCCAGGAAAUCUGGCUCGCCAAGACUUCCUCCAGGCCCCAAGCCUUAUCCAAUCAUUGGAAACCUCUUGGAGCUCGUAGGAAGCCAACCCCAUGUAGCCGUUUCCAAGCUCUCCAAAACUUAUGGACCCCUAAUGACUCUCAAGUUCGGGAGCAUCACAACCAUAGUCGUUUCCUCUCCAGAUCUAGCCAAAGAAGUACUGCAAAAACACGACCAAGCCUUUGCCGGCAGACCCGUCCCGGAUGCUAUCCGAGCACUCGACCACCACAAAUUUGCAAUGGCGUGGCUGCCUGCCACAUCGAGUCGUUGGAGAAACCUCAGGAAAGUUUCUGCCACGCUAAUAUUUGCUACACAAAAGCUUGAUUCCACCCAAGCCAUUAGGGUAAAAAAGGUGCAACAACUAGUAGACCAUGUCAAAGAAAUUUGUAAUAGUGGUCAAGCGGUAGAUAUUGGUCGAACAGCCUUCACAACUAGCCUGAAUGCCAUAUCAAACACAAUUUUCUCUACUGACUUGGCAGACUAUUCUUCAACUACGUCCCACAAGUUUCUGGAAGACGUAUUCGGUACCAAGGAAGAAGCUGGAAAGCCGAAUGUUGCAGACUAUUUCCCUAUACUUCGUUUUGUUGACCCACAAGGUGUACGCCAAAGGAUGACAAUUUAUUUUACAAAUUGUUUUAGGACUCUUGAUGGUAUAAUCAAUGAACGAUUACAAUUAAGAGCAUCAUCAAAGGGUUCUAAGGCAAGCAGCGAUAUGCUUGAUGCCCUCCUCGAUAUCAAUCAAGAAGAUAAUUCAGAAUUGAGCAUCGACGACAUCAGAAAUUUGCUUCUGGCUUUUUUUAUUGCGGGGGUCGACACAAUAUCAACCACAGUGGAAUGGGCAAUGGCAGAGUUACUACGUAGCCCUGAAAAAAUGGGAAAAGCCCAGAAAGAGCUGGAAGAAGUGAUUGGCAAGGACGAACUUGUUCAAGAAUCAGAUAUCUCAAAGUUGCCUUAUCUACGAGCAAUAGUGAAAGAAAUCUUUCGUUUGCACCCAGCAGCACCUUUCCUAACUCCCCACAAAGCCGAGAUUGACAAAGAGGUGUGUGGCUUUAUUGUGCCCAAGAAUGCACAAAUACUAAUUAACGUGUGGGCAAUGGGACGGGAUUCAAGCAUAUGGCCAAACCCAAAUUUGUUUGAGCCUGAAAGAUUUUUAGGGAAGGAUAUAGACUUCAAAGGCGGAGAUUUUGAGCUCAUCCCCUUUGGAGCUGGAAGAAGGAUCUGCCCUGGAUGGCCUUUGGCCCACCGGCUGGUGCAUAUGAUAUUAGCCUCUCUUGUCCUCAACUUCAAUUGGAAACUUGCAGAUGGGAUGAAGGCAGAAGAUAUGGACAUGAGAGAGAAGUUUGGGCUUGCCGUACAUAAAGCCGAGCCCCUCCGGGCUAUUCCCAUUAGACCCAUGUAAUUUUCCUUGUUUCUUGUUGUAGCCUAAUAUGGAUAUAUGUGCAUGUCUUUAGACAUCUAUGUAUGAUGCAAGGAUUUUGUGCAUAUACAGAAUAAACGACUAGGCUUAUCGCUUGUGAUUCGACAUGUGACAAUCACAGAUUGAGCCAAGGCAUCAAUGGUAGCAAGUUGAAAAAAAUAAGAAAUGAUAGAAUUCAAUAUAUUUUUAACAAUAUUUUAAUUA